AGGGAGCUGGUCGAUGUUCGGCUGCUCCUCACCGCCAGGCCGCACUGUGGCGCCCGCCUCCUCCUUCAGGCCUUGCCUUUCUUCCCGCCGCCAUCUUUACCACAGCCGCCAAGAUGGAGGCGCCUCCCGUCACCAUGAUGCCCGUUACGGGCGGCACUAUUAACAUGAUGGAGUACCUGCUGCAAGGGAGCGUCCUGGACCAGAGCCUGGAGAGCCUGCUGCACCGCCUGCGUGGGCUGUGCGACAACAUGGAGCCGGAGACCUUCCUGGACCACGAGAUGGUGUUCCUGCUCAAGGGGCAGCAGGCCAGCCCCUUCGUGCUGCGUGCCCGGCGAUCCAUGGAUAAAAGCGGCAUGCCAUGGCACCUGAGGUACCUGGGGCAGCCGGAGAUCGGAGAUAAAAACCGACACGCUUUAGUGCGAAAUUGUGUGGACAUCGCCACCUCGGACAACCUGACGGAUUUCCUGGUGGAGAUGGGGUUCCGUAUGGAUCACGAGUUCGUGGCUAAGGGACACGUGUUCCGAAAGGGGAUCAUGAAGAUUGUGGUGUAUAAGAUCUUCCGUAUCUUGAUGCCUGGUAACACGGACAGCAUCGAGCCGCUUUCCCUCUCCUACCUUGUAGAGCUUAAUGUUGUGGCACCAGCCGGACAGGAUAUGGUUUCUGAUGAUAUGAGGAACUUUGCAGAGCAGCUGAAGCCUUUAGUACACCUGGAAAAAAUUGACCCUAAGAGGUUAAUGUGAUGAAAACUGGCUUGACUAUCAUAGCAUUGCUGUAGCCAGAAGUGAGUGCAGGGACUGGUUGGAGUCCUAUGCACACAGAACUUUUGUUCAGGGCUCCACUGCUUCCUCUCUGUGCUGGAGCAGUAAGCAGUAUUAAGGUGCAACACUUAUAAAUAGAGAUAUUGACUUUAUGUUGUUGGGGAGCAAGGGGUAAAAGGCUUUGAUGUAUUGGUUUUGUUUUUGUUUGAUGCUCAGCCAGCAUUUGGUAUUUGGUUAUGCAGGUUACAUAUAUGCAUAAGAGCAGAAUGUAUGUAAUUCCCAGAGAUGGAAGAGAAUAAAAGUCUGUUUAGUGCAUUAUUCAUUGGAUAGUCGGUCCCUGAUGUCUGAAAGGAGUAGUUGCAGGAAUUGCUUAGUUUUAGAUUUGAAAGACCUGAAAGAUUCCCUCCUAGCAAAUCCAGACUGGGAGCUGUUUGUUAUUGGAAGCAGCUUUGUUGUUAGUGUAGAACAGGAAGCUCUGGGUCUGCAAUUAUAACCUGGGGGGAAGAAACAGAAUUAAGACCCUUCACAGCCAAUAUGUUGGCUCAGAAAGUUGAGCCCAGUGCCCCCGAAUGUGCCUGUAGAGAGUCAGGUGGAUGGGGCCAGGCUUUGACUGUUGUUGCCCAGUGUUGGGACACAGGAAGGUCCAUCUCAAAGUGAGGAAUUACUGCUUCAUUUGGGGGUGACGUGGAGCAGGCUGCACAGAGAGGCUCCUUCCUGCUUACAGCCACUUCCAUCAGCCCAGCACGAUGCAUUAGUUUCACAAAAGCAAGGUCAGGCAUCCCACUAUUUCUGUGUUUUUGUGCUCUUUGUAUGUUUUAUUAAAAAUAUAUCUUCAAAAAUA